GAAAGUUGGCAUUUGAUACGAGCUAUGGACGAUAUGCAAAUUGAGAACAACGCUCAAAUGGAUGGAAGUGACAGCAAUGCUGGAAGUGGGGUUGGUGGAGGUGAGAAGAAGACUGAAGAGAAAACCGGCAAUUGUUAUUGUGGCAAGGAACGUAAUCUCAAUAUUGUGGAAUUACUAUGUGCCUAUUGCAGUCGCUGGUUCCACGAGUCAUGCAUAGGUUACCAGCUGGGAAAGCUGGUGCCAUUCAUAACAAAUUAUGUGUUUGUUUGCAAGAACUGUUCACCUAGUGGCUUGGAGAAUUUUCGCAGAUCCCAAGCCACCAUUCCACAAAUGUGUAUCACUGCCAUUGCCAAUAUGCGCAACAACAGCACCAAGGAAGGCAAACCGAAAAACCUCUUCAGCAAAGAUAAAGAAAUUAUUCCGUUCCUGGAACAAUAUUGGGAAGCAAUGACAACAAUGCCACGCCGCGUUACACAAUCAUGGUAUUCGACGGUACAACGUUCCUUACUAAAAGAUGUUCAGAUUACAUUUACAUAUGAAGAGCAUCCAGAGAAUGGUGCCAUGUUUGGUUUGAUGAUACCCGAUUUGUCACAAAUCAAACCGAAUUAUGAGGCAAUGACAAAAAUGGGCGCAUUACGAUUAACCGAAGAUGGUUAUGCCCAGGCUUCCCUCUCGAAAAACAAUCGACAAAAUAAACGCAAAUUUCCCGGUACCGAUUCCGGACCGACAGGCAAAAAGGGCCGACCAAGUUCCGAUAUUACUGCCAAUGUUAAAUUGCCAGCUCAUGGUUAUCCAUUGGAACAUCCCUUCAACAAGGAUGGUUAUCGUUACAUUCUCGCCGAACCCGAUCCGCAUGCCCCAUUUCGUCAGGAAUUUGAUGAAUCAUCCGAUUGGGCUGGUAAACCCAUACCGGGUUGGUUAUAUCGUACCUUAGUACCGAAUAGUGUGUUAUUGGCAUUGCAUGAUCGUGCCCCACAAUUGAAAAUAUCCGAAGAUCGUUUGGCUGUCACCGGAGAAAAGGGUUAUUGUAUGGUGAGAGCAACACAUUCUGUUAAUCGUGGCAAAUGGUAUUAUGAAGUGACAAUAGAAGAAAUGCCCGAAGGCUCUGCAACACGUUUGGGUUGGGGUCAGGAAUAUGGCAAUUUACAAGCACCAUUGGGUUAUGACAAAUUUGGUUAUUCCUGGCGAUCGCGAAAGGGAACGCGUUUCAGUGAAAGUCAUGGCAAGCAUUACAGUGAAGCCUACGUAGAGGGUGAUACAUUGGGAUUUUUAAUUGAUCUACCCGAAGAAAACGAAGUGGAUUAUUUACCAAAUACAUUUAAAGAUAGGCCUUUGGUGAAAUUUAAAUCGCAUUUAUAUUACGAGGAUAAGGAUAAAAUCCAAGAGACAUUGAAAAGUUUACGUGUUGCACCUGGCAGUCGAAUAGAAUUCUUUAAAAAUGGCCAAUCUCAAGGUGUGGCAUUUAGUGAUAUCUAUGCUGGCUCAUAUUAUCCAACAAUAUCAAUACACAAAAGUGCAACAGUUAGUGUUAAUUUUGGUCCAAGUUUUAAAUAUCCUGAAGUUUUGAGCAGUUAUAAAGCCAAAGGAAUGCAUGAGCGUGUUGAGGAACUUAUUUGUGAACAGUCCCUAUCUGAUUUAUUAUAUUUAACUGAAAAUGAGGGUAGAUUACGCUUGGAUAAUUAUAAUAUAUAGAUAUAAGUUGACGGAGUCAUCAGUGUUUCAUAAUAAAAAAAGUUCAA